UCCACCCUGCCAUCAAUGUUGAGUGUCUUCUGGUUCAAUUACAGAGCCAUCCACUUUGAUGCAUGACUUGUCCAGAUGUAUUUCAUCCAUACCUUCUCCAUCAUUGAAUCAGCUGUGCUCGUGGCCAUGGCUUUUGACCGCUUUGUCGCCAUCCGGGAGCCCCUGAGGUAUACCUCCAUCCUCACAAACUCAGUGGUCACCAAGAUCGCAAUGGGCUUGACCAUCCGGGCGGUAGUCUUGGUGUUCCCUGCUUCCUUUCUUCUGAAGAGGAUGCAAUACCAUACAGUAAAUGUUCUUUCCUACUCUUUUUGUCUACACCAGGAUAUCAUCAGGAUGGCCCAGUCAGACAGGAGAAUCAGUAGCAUUUAUGGCCUAACAGUUGUUCUUUCCUCAAUGGUUCUGGACUCUCUCUUCCUCGUUGUGUCUUACAUGAUGAUCCUCAUCACUGUGCUGAGGAUUGCUUCCAAGGAGCAACGUUCUAAGGCCUUGAACACCUGCAUUUCCCACAUCUGCGCUGUCCUCAUCUUCUACAUCCCCAUGAUUGGUCUCUCUAUGAUUCACAGGUUUGCCCAAAAUGCCUCUCCCACUGUUCACAUCAUCAUGGCCAAUGUCUACUUGCUGGUCCCACCACUGAUGAACCCCAUUGUGUACAGUGUGAAAACCAAGCAGAUCCGUACACGCAUCAUCCGAAAGCUGCGCAGGAAGCUGGAUGUGACUCCGUAG